AUGCUCCGCCAAGAGAGCCAGGAGUAUUAUGCCUGGGGAUUGCAGCAGCUGCUGGAGGCCACCAAGACCGAGACUGGGUACGUUUACCCUACAACAAUCAUUAUGGACGAGGAGGCGGCGAUGGAGGCGGCAACCGAUCAGGUGUUGACGGGCAGGACCAAUAUUGUAUCAUGUAUUUGGCACAUGCUCAGGAACAUACGUCGACACAUCAAGAGAGUAUUCCCAAAAUGCGUGGAUCAGGAGGCGUUCAUGGAUGUUUUCAAUGAGGCCCGAGAAGCUAUUACAGAGGAUGCCUUCAGGAUGAUAUGGAUGGGUCUUUGUCAAAGAUUUGGUGGGGAAGGCAGAGGGGAGCGUCGCGAGCCUGAGAUCAAAAGCAUGGUCAAGGGCAAGAAGGCAGAGAAGGUCAAAGGCGAGGAAAAGAAGGACUCGCCGAGCCAGGACGACCAGCUUGUGGAUAGAGACGAUCAUAUGUUUGUUGAGUACGAGUGGGGAGAUUGGGGCAAGUACCUGAGAAGAAUGCGGCGCCGUCGAGAGCACUGGGCUGGCCCUUGGGUCAAGACCAUCUUUACCGCCGGGAUGCGGUCUUCGCAGCGAGUUGAGAUGACCCACAGGCUGAUCAAGAUGCUCGGUGUCAACAGUCAGACACCUUUGCAGCGACUCCUGGAAUUCAUCUCUACAAAGCUCAACAGGGAGCUCGCCUUUGCCAUCGUCGGUAGAGUGACCAAUCACAGCAAAGACCUCGACGGGGUUAUUGCUUGUGAUUUCAAGAUGGUGCUCUCUGCUUCCAGUCGGUUCCUGGAUCACUAUGCUAUGAGCCAAAUGAGAAUCGAGCUUGCUCAGUCCUAUGGUUUCCAGCAUAGAGUUAUCGACCCUCAAAGCAUUUCUCAAGACAUCUCCAAAGUAAGUCUGUAUGAUGAUUGCUAUCAAAGUAUAAAAUCCCGUUAG